GGGCAUCAUUCGUCACGAACUGUUCGAUAACCGCAGAUCAAAACACCAACCAAAAAUCACCAUGAAGUUCCUGAUUGUCUUCGUUGCCCUCUUCGCCGUGGCUCUGGCCGCUCCUGCCGCUCCUGAGGCUCAAAUCCUGCGAUCGGAAUCCGAUGUUGGACCCGAGAGCUUCAAAUACGACUGGGAGACUAGCGAUGGUCAGGCUGCUCAGGCCGCCGGUCAGCUGAAGAACAUUGGCUCCGAGAACGAGGCCAUCUCCGUCACUGGAUCCUACCGUUUCGUUGCUGAUGAUGGUGUCACCUACGAAGUCCAAUACAUCGCCGAUGAGAACGGAUUCCAGCCCCAGGGUGCCCAUCUGCCUGUCGCCCCCCUGGCCUAAGUCAUCUAAAAUGGAUUACAUAGUUCCUUGUUAAUACCGUUUAACUGAAACAAACCCCUUGUCGACCUUUAUUUUGAGGAAGGAAGGAUCUAAGUCAAAAAGCCGGAAUUGUUAUAAAUAAUAAAAAAAAUUAGUACAUUGAAAA